AACUUGCAGCUCCUCGGUGGCGCGGCCGCUCCCACCGAGCGGGACCUGAAACUGGGACGGGAGCAGUCUGGCCCCUCUCCCUCCGAACUCGGAGGCACAGAUUCGCGAGAGGAGAGACUAGUCUCGGGCACAGAGGGGAGGAAGAGGAGAGACUCGCCGCUGCAGAAGCUCUGGACACAAGCUCCUGGGUCCGAACUGCACGACGUCUAGUUGUAUAGAUUUUGCGUCACUGCGCCAGGAGCCGGACGGUUCCCCUCACCUGGAACCAUGCACAAGCGAACCAAGAUAAGGAUCGCCGUCUUCGUGCUGCUGGUGGGCAUGGCCUGCAUGUUCACGGCGGUGGUGACGGACCACUGGGCAGUGCUGAGCCCGAAGGUGGAAAAGCUCAACCAGACCUGCGAGGCGGCCCACUUCGGCCUGUGGAGGCUGUGCAAGAAGCACAUUUACAUCAGCUCCGAAAACUACGUGCAGGGGCACGGCUGCGGACCCAUCAGCCUGCCAGGAGAUGAAAACUGCACUUACUUCGGGCACUUCACUCCAGGGCAGGACACCGAGAUCUUUGAAUAUAAAACACAAAAAGAGUACAACAUCUCUGCUGCAGCCAUCUCCAUCUUCAGCCUGGCCUUCAUGAUCCUGGGGUCCCUCUGUCUGAUGGGCUCAUGCACCGGCGGCGGCGCGGGCAGGGACUACCUCCUCAAGCCCGCGGGCAUGUUCUUCGCAUUUGCAGGUCUCUGCGCCUUCAUCUCGCUGGAGGUGAUGCGCCAGUCGGUCAAGCGGAUGAUCGAGAGCGAGGACACCAUCUGGAUCGAGUACUACUACGCCUGGUCCUUCGCCUGCGCCUGCACGGGCUUCGUCCUCCUCUUCCUCACCGGCAUCGCCCUCCUGGUCCUCUCCAUGCCCCAGAUGCCCAGGAAUCCGUGGGAGACCUGCAUGGACGCAGAGCCAGAUCAAGUAGAGUGAGCGAUAGGCAGAGAGACAGACAUGCGCAGGCAGUGAGAGUCUGCGCCUUUUAUUUUGAGCAAUUAUCUUAGACUCAUUUCCAGAACAAGAGCCGGGCGUAAAGGGAUGAAAGACUCUGGACUCUGGAGUGGGUGGACUAUACCUUAUUCCCUACAAUUAUACAGAAACUUGUCCAGUUUGGAAAGUUUUUAACUUCUAUUCGUUAGCGAGUGGUAAAAUAAAUUUUAAAAAAAAGUCCUUUCCAACACCUCUGUACCGUAGGUGCUCUUCCUGUUUGAAGCGGUGGCCAAAUCUGGCUUCUUAUUAAGUUCUUUCUUCAUCUGAAAGCACUUUCAGACCGUUUCCUUCUCCAUUCAUCAUUUCCAUCUCGUCAUUUACCUUUGGUAUGGAUUAGAAGUCAAUGUUUUCUCAUCAUGGUCUUAUUUGAUCUAAUAAUGGUUUUAAUUAUAUUUACAUCUUAGUAAAUCAACAAAAAACACUUUAGGACAUAAUGAAAACCAAAAAGUCCUGACGCAGUACUUUAAUUUGAUGUAUGAUAUUUUGUACAUGUCUAAUUUUUGUAAUGCAUCUCUUGACUCUGGACUCACAAUGAGCUACGUCACACAAGUCAACAUCGACUACAUGUUACUAGUGUGUAAUGUGUAGAAGGAAUUUAGCAUCCAAAUAAGACAUUUGUGGAGAAAAGCAGCAGUGCGGAGCAGAUUUAUGUGUGUGUGUGUGUCAGGCAGAAUGCUAAACACCCACACGGUCGCUGCACAGCACUGAUCAUGCUGGAAAAGGUUCAGUUCUAGCAGGUGCGCAUACUGGGCCUUUUACUUUGUGUUUACAGCUCCCAAACCAAAGCCAAACAAAAAAUGCCCUGUUCGUUUUCUCCUCCCGUUCGGUUCCCGAGCAUCCAUCCAUUCGGUACAGUGGACGUAGACCCGAGCGUGCGAUCGUGGUCUGCACGCGCCCGUGACUACGCUUUAAAGGUUCACAUGCAGAAACUCUGAGUCAAAGUGUCACUAAGCAGCACGGGUGAACGUGAGGUGCACUCCUCCACGCGGCACGUUCUAUGACACAGUACACCCCAUAAUAAAUCAACAAGUAAUACACAAACAUCUGGUGCAAAGCUCAGUUCACUUUUUGGUUUGGGUUCAAAGAAGCUACAGUUACAUUUGUGGCAAAGCAGAAGGGACGUCACUACUUCUACAUAAAACAAUACGACAUAUAAUUAAUUAAAAGAGUAAUUUAAUUGCUAUAGCCCCAAAACCUGCCAAAAUGUUGUAAAACACAGCAUUGCACUACAGCUGUGGGUAUUUUAGGACAGUAUCUCAAACAGGCACGUUUGGUAUUUUACUUACAUACUGCAACUGAACUGCUACCAGAGGUGAGCAGUUCAGGAGGCGACAUGUUUGACCUUUUGCUGCAAACUCUGAUGCAAAGAGAAAGAAAGAGGAACAGUUCAAAUGAAGACAACUAACGACAUGAACUUUCCACACGUUCUACAUCUCCUGUAUUUGUAGUUUGUUUGUUUUUCGUCUUUUUCAUUGAACAUAGCAUGCAAUCAAUCUUCUGGAACGCAGCAGAUUCUGUGUGAGUGUGUGCCAUAGGCUGUAACCUUGAAAUGAAAAAUAUGAAUAUGAAUAAUAAAUCUGGAGCUUUGGAAAUCAA